GUCCUUAUCAGUGAGUGUCAGCUGGUAGUAACACACACACACAUCCUCCGUAGAAACACAGUUCUCUCCUGAAGACACGCAGCACUGAAGUGAUUAGUAACCAUGAAAGGGUUUCUGCUCCUCUGCCUGCUCCCCUUGUUUGGAGGUCAAAGGUCAUCAGCAUGCCCCCACCUUUGCUCCUGUCAUGACAAUCAGGUGGAUUGCAGCAGAAGGGCUCUCACCUCCUCCACACUUCCCACCAGUUUCCCCGCUGGGACCACCUCCCUCCGUCUCCACGACAACCGGUUGACCAGCCUCCCCAAUGGGCUCCUGGAUGAUCUGACCUCCCUCCGCUCCGUCUCCCUUCAUGGUAACCCCUGGGAGUGUGACUGCGGCGUCCUCUACCUGCGGGCCUUGCUGCUGCGUCAGCCUCCCGCCCUCACAUCACACCUGGGCGUCAACUGCAGCUCCCCUCUCGGCCUGAGAGGGCGACUGGUGGUGUAUUUAACGGAGAAGGAGGUCCUGGAGUCCUGCCACUACUGGUACUGUGACCUGGCUCUGGCCUCACAGGUGUGUCUGUUUGUGUUUGUGCUGCUGCAGGCGGCUCUGCUGGUGGUUCUCAUCGUGUUCCUGAAGAGGUUCGAGAGGCUUUCCAAAGAGGCGAAGAGGACCAGGGAGGAGAGCCUCACAGCUGGGGAGAAUCUGAGGGAGGACGAGUACGCUCUUCUAAAGGACAGCAGCAUCUGAGAUGGAGUUGUGAUGUUUUAUUGAUACAAAAGAAGAAGAAGAGCUGUUUAUUGUUUGAACAUCCAAGAGUAAAUGUCAUACUUUUGUGUUUCAUGCUAUAAUACCAAAGUUAAUUUCAUGCACAAGCAGGUGACAAAUGAAAGAAAAACCCAGAAUAAAUGAGUAGAGAAUAAUAACAAAGAUGCUUCAAUGCAGGAAAAAGCUGGAAUGGUAUGAAUAAGUAUGACAAUAAUGUUAACCAGUUCCAACUGAGCAGCUAUGGGAGACUUGAAACACCUCACUAAGACGCAUUUAUUUAUUUUAUUUGUCAUCCAUCUGUGUAUCUGUAGGCCUUCAUAUACCACCGUUUAACACCGUAGAACAGGCUAAAUAAAAAGAAAGAUUAGAAAUAAUCUGCACUAGAGAAUGACUGAUAAUGGAUUUUUGAGGCUGUUGCGAAUGUUGUUAUUUGAGAAGAACAUUUCCUGUAACAACAUACUGGAUUCUAUUUAUUUCAUUGACAGUAUUUUGAUGAAAACCAUUUAAAUUAUGAAAAAAGCAGGACAUUUUACACUUGAUCGUAAAGAAACUACUACAAACAUAUCACUCUAUUGUUCAUACCGAUAUGUCUGUGUUCAGCUAAUAUCAGUUGAUAGUAUUGUAAAUUGAUUGGGUUGAAGUCAGCAGAGUUAUACUAAUUACACUUGCUCACAAUAAACUAGUUUUGUUAACAUGAUAACAAUGAUCACAUGAAGAAAUUUAACAUUUUCUAUGUGGGUUUGAAAACAGACUCUUUCUGCAAUGUGGUUGAAAUAUUAAAUUGUAAUUUUCUAUUUUCAAAGGCCUGUGAUGAAAAAACUCAUAGAUCAAUAAAAACAUGUAUUUCAGCUCCUUGAGAAGCUUUAUUUGUACAUGUGAGCUUUGAAAGAUAUUCCUAACUGAAGAUUGAAUGAGAAAUGAUUAUGACUGAAGUAAUUCAUGAAGUGAGUGUUUUGUGUGUUUGUUUGAUAUCUGGCAAUUGUAUACAUUUUUCUAAUUGCAUUAUAUCUUAAAAAAGUAAUUUGCCAUUUUCUAUUAUCGUGAAAAUAGUCAACAAGAAAAAAAUGGUUGUGUUACUCCAAGAUAAAAUUUAUUCAUGUCUUUUUUGGUACUGUAUUCUAAUAAUUCAA